AUGUCUAUACUAAAUAAGAAUAAUAAUAAUAUUAAUAACUCCAAUGAAUUGGAUUAUCUUAAUAUUAAAAGUAGUUCUUGUAUUACCCAAGUCAUUUCAUCAAAUCAAAUAAUCAGAGAAUUUGUUUCUAACCAAACAAAUAUUGCGAAGCAUAUUCACGUUGGGAAUAUUAUGGAAGAAUUGGAUUCUCUUAGUGAAUUACUACAAAUUUCAUAUGCAGGUUCGAUAGGAUUCAAAACUAAUAUUUUUGUUGGGAGAAUUCUAUUCGAUUACCAAAAGAUGGUCCAUUCCUCUGUACAAACAAUGGAUAGUUUUGUCCGAGCCUCCAUCUCAUCUGUCAACUUUCAUAAAAUGGCACUCGUUUUUGCUGAAAAGGGCUCCAUCAACACUUCUUUGAAGUACAUUUCAAAUAUUGGAGGUAUAGCCGAGAAGAUGAAAGUAAAAGCUUUAGAAAUGUCCGAAAAAUCAGUCGAACUUAACAAAAAAGCCCAGGAAGCUUUUGUACAAGCCACCACAGACCAACAUCUUUCAAUCGAAGAAAAGAAAAAACUUACUGAUAGCACAAAACAAUUGUCAGCAACGAUUGCAGGUCUCCAAGUCACACCAAGGAAAAUUGAAAAGGUUCUAAUGGAAUACCAGCAAGAAAUGGACAAAAUUUUUGUACUCAAUAUGGCAUCUUGUUUCACCAAGGCGAGUACUAGUGUAUCGACUUUUGGGAAAUUUCUGUCUCUCGUUUCAUUAAUUACAGAACAGAAUAGCAAAAUAGAUGAAGCCAUUGCCAAAAUUAUUUCUCAACUUGAAGAAAUGAAAUCGUGCCUUGAAAAAGAGCAAAAUGAAUUGCAAGGGCUCAAGGACAAGGAAAACAAAGAUGAAAAAGAAACCGAAAGAAUGGAUUUCUUGGAAUCUAAAUUAAAUGUUGAUAAAGCCAAAAUCCUCGAAAAUGAAAAGGAAUUGGAGGAAAUGAAGCAUCAUUCAAAGUUUGCACAUGACAAGGAAAUGCAAUACAUCAUUCUAAAGGAACAAUACAAUGCAAAAAACAUCGAAGUCAAAUCAACCCUUGCCAAAAAACAACAAGAAAUUCUUCAUCUUACAACCAGCAAAAAAGAUUUAAAAGCAUCAUUGGCUUGUUUGGAGCUUGUUGUUGGAAUAUUGGGCAAAAUUGGCACCAUUUUCCUCCAUUUAUCUGAAUUCUGGAAAAAUAUAGAGAGUCAAAGCCAAAACCAAAUCCAAGAUGUAGAAAUAGCUACCAUUAUGGCUUCAGAUGAGAAUGGCCUCCACCUCUUUAUCAAUAAGAUCAAGGAGGCUAGCAUAGAUUGGUUCUGUUUUGCAAACCUCAACAAUCAGGCACUUGUUCGGGUACAAGCUACCGAACUCCAAAUUGACAAAGUUAUGAGUAAUCUUCCAAAAAAAGCCAAUGGAAAACAAUUGAUUCAAGACUUUGUUGAUAAACAAUCGCCACCCCAACCACCUCCACCAACAACAACAACAGCUUUUUUAACAAUGUCACCCACUUCAUUGGGCUCAGAGACCCAACCCCCCCAAUAG